AUGCCCGUGCUGAGUCCUCAGCCUGACAGCAGCAGACAGCAGUUCAACCUGUCAUUGAUCGAGCUGGAGGAUUUCACAACGAGCCUCACCUCCAACGACAACACGAGGACACAAACCAACGCAAAUCCCCAGGUUCUGGCCCACGACAACGUCAACAACAACAUCCGGCCUCUUCCAACCUCGGUCAGUACACUUUCAACUCACCCAUGCAAACUUACAGAGUUCAUUAGAACAAAUCCACGUGCAUGGUUCAGCCAAGUAGAGUCUGCAUUCAACAUCUACAACGUCACCACACAAGCAGAGAAAUAUCAUGUUGUCAUCAAUCAUCUUGAAGCUGACGUUUUUAAUGAGAUUUCAGACAUUUUACUAGACCGUCCCGUCGAAAACCAGCAUGGUUAUCUCAAGGAGGAGACCCAGAACCGCUUCACUGACUCAGCAGACAAACAGCUCGAAAAGGCAUUGUCUCAGCUGACUCUUGGUGAUCAAAAGCCUUCCCAGCUCCUUCGCAAAAUGAGAGCCUUAGCAGCAGGACGAGCCUCUGAGGACUUUCUACGGGUCAGAUGGCUUUCCCUCCUGCCCCUCGACGUUCAGAAUAUUCUCAAGGCCACCAGGUUCACAACUUUGAGCGACCUCACCCCCGUCGCAGACGAGCUCAUGGAAGUCUCCUCGACAGCAUCGGUGAUGGCCGCAUGCUCUCACGCAAGGUUCGCUGUGCAAAAAAGCUCAGAUCCAGUGACCACUGAACUCGCAGAGCUCAGACAGGCAAUGACACAACUCAUUAACCUCAACUGGAUCGUGGCAGAGUCCCUCGAGAGACUGCACAUAUCUUCAAGAUCCAGGUCCAGGUCUCGAGCCCCUUCAAUGUCACGCUCUUCGUCGCCACCGCCUCAAGCCUCCGCCUCUCCCAACACCUCCUCGGCGGUGGGCGACAGCGACUUCAACAACAACGACCACGACAUCAGAGAACAUCGCCUAUUUUUCUUCGAUCCUUUACCAAAGACCCAGUUUCUGGUCGACACAGGCUCUGUUAUCUCCAUCAUACCCAGAGUAGCACCUCAACCCCAGGAGAGACCAGCAGAGUUCAAGCUCUACGCUGCCAACGACGUCCAAACAGCCAUCAUCGGAGCAGACUUUUUGGUGCAUUUCGGCCUGCUAGUCGAUCUCCAAGACCCCAGCCUCCUCGACAAGACAACUCAUCUUAAAGCCCCUGGUCAGCUGUGUGAGGCUUCUAUCUACAGCGUCUCCCCAGUUGAGCAGAGCCUCAAGUUUCCUCCAUUUUAUAGCGAGCUUCUCCACAAGUACAUUGACGUCACGAAGCCAGCAGCGAUCCCAUCCAUCAGCACCAGCAGUCGAACGGCUCACCACAUCCCUACGACUGGUCCCCCAGUAGCAGAGCGACCACGUCGUCUUACUAGCGAGAAGCUCCAAGCAGCCAAAGACAACUUCGACCUUCUCUUGCAGUACGGCGUUAUUCGCCCCUCCAGUAGCUCCUGGGCCAGCCCAGUCCACAUGAACGCUCAACGAAUCUUCACAAUGCUCGAUCUGGUACGAGCGUACCAUCAGAUCCCUAUCGCUACCGAGGACAUCGCAAAGACCGCCGUCACCACGCCCUUCGGUCUUUUUGAGUUUGUUGGCAUUCCCCCUGGGCUGUGCAACGCCGCACAAACCUUCCAAAGACACAUGGACGGCCUGCUUCGGGACAUCGACUUCGCUGCGUGCUACAUCGAUGACAUCUCAAUCUUCUCCAAGAACCCUGAAGAGCAUCAACGAGAUGUGGAGACCAUUCUCAAGCUACUGCUGGACAACCACCUGUCCAUCAACCCCAACAAGUGCCAGUUCGGUCAAGAAGAGGUUGAAUACCUAGGUUAUAUUAUAAAUAAACAUGGAUAUUCACCUCCACCAGCCAAGGUUGAGACUAUCCUGCAGUACCCCAAGCCCGAGACAAUUGAGGAUCUACGCCGAUUUCUCGGGAUGGUGAACUACUAUCGACGUUGCAUUCCCCAAGCUGCUACCAUACAAGCUCCUCUCAACGAUCACCUGAAAAAUGCCAAGAAGGACAAACGGAAGGUGCCAUGGACCCCAGAAUCCGAGGCAGCUCUGAAGCUGUGCAAAUUGAGACAAGGCCUUUUGAUUUUAAUAAAUAAUUCACUGAAUAAAUAG